AUGAUUUUAAAUUAUAUUCAAUUUGAAAUUUAUUAUUAUAAUCCCGCAAUUUGGACCAUUUUUUAUAAAGUAAUUUAUAAUAUUUGUGGUUUCUUAUUUACUUCAUCAUUUAUUUUAUUAUUAACUUAUUGGAUUGGUAUGAUAACAGAUAUUUUUCAAAUUAGAAAAGGAGCAAUUUUUACAAAAUAUACUGGACCUGUGUUUAUGGUAGUUCAAUUCACCAAUUUUGUUAUUAAACUAUUAACAAUUAUUUCAAAUGCACGUCUUUUUUAUUUACAAACUCGUUUGGAUUUAGAAAAAGCUUCAAUUUAUUAUGAUUUCUUUGUGAAUAUAUUUGUAUUAAUAAUUUUAGUAGUAUUUAUUGUGGUUAAUUUAUAUAUUUUCAAUAAAAAAGUUAGAAGAAGAAUUAAAAUAUUUACAGUAAUUGCAGCAAUUGUUGGUUUAACAUUCUUUGUGUUAACAUUAAUUCGUGUAUUUAUUUAUUAUGAUAGUGAUAGAUACAGUUUUGCAACAUUAAUAUUAGUAUCUGCAUUAUGUUUAGAAGUUAUCUUUGUUAUUUAUCCAAUUAGAAUAGAUGUUAUAAAGAAUAAACAUAUUAAUAAAUUCUUUGGUUUAUUCUAUAUUGGUUAUUCAAAGGAAACCAAACAAGAGACCCAUAGCUCUUAUAAGAAAUCACACCACCCAGGUGGUGCAGCUCAUAAUGAUGCUGUUCAUAAUGAAAAAGAAACUGUAAUUUCAAUGGAUGAUCUAACAUCACUUACAAGUACCACCUGUACAAAUACAAGUACAAAUACAACUACAACAAUAAAUAAUAAUAAUAACAAUAAUAAUAACAACAACAAUAAUAAUAAUAAAGGUGCAGGAGAUUACACAAAUACAACAAACACUGCAACCUCGCCACUUGAAAGUCAAUCUUUAAAUACAAAUUCAACACCAAAUACUUGCACUGAUUCGAUUGAUAAUAAUAGUAAUUUACAACCACACCAUGAAAUAUCAAUUAAUCCUCCAAACGAAUUGAAUGUUUAA